AUGACCACACUUGAGCAUCAGCGUAUUGUGCAGUUCAUUGGCGUCGCGUGGGAUGCGCUCACUGACGUCUGUGUCGUGACGGAGUUUAUGAAGAUUGACCUGAAAGCGCUACUUCGUAAGUUUGAGGAGCAGAGACUUCCAGUCGCCUUCGAUCACGAUAAAGUCAAAGUAGCAUUGCAUGUAGCUCAUGCGUUAACGUACUUGCACUCGUGCGCUCCACCGGUCAUCUACCGCGACCUCAAGCCGAGUAAUAUCUUACUGAACGAAGCGAUGGACGCCAAGGUAACGGACUUCGGUAUUUCUCGCGAACGAAUUGACGCAACAAUGACGGCGGGUGUGGGUACGUCGCUAUGGAUGGCUCCGGAGGUCAUGAUGGGCGAGCGCUAUGACGACAAGGCGGAUAUAUUUUCAUUUGGAGUGGUGCUGUCAGAACUCGAUCUCCACUCGACUCCGUACGCCUUUGCGAAGAGCAGCUCCAACUUUGGACACAAGGUUCCUGACGCAGAUUUCUUACAGAUGGUGGCUAUGGACAAACUUCGCAUUCAGUUUUCAGACGCAGCGUCGAGUUCAAUCGUCGAGCUAGGAAUUGCGUUUGUAUCAGUGGACCCCAAGAAGCGACCAACGGCAGCAGAGGCACUUUACCAACUCUAA